CACCAUCCCAUAUGCACAAUCCCCCACACCAAACCCAUACCCAUCGUCAGUCACGCCAAAACUGCAUUGUCCCUCACACACCUCCAUCAGUCAAUCACCUCUCCCUGUGCACCCAGCCCACAUUCGGCUGUGGCACCUGCUCGGCGAUGGUCUCUAGCACAUGACCAGCAGCAGGGGUGGACGGGGCAGCGUCAGCCCGCGACACCGGCACCGUCCUGUAUCGGUGUGCCCGUCUGGCGGUCAUGGUGUCUGCCAGCUGUAUGCGAUGCAUGUGCAGCUGCUGCAGGCUGUCCUCACACGCUUGGCUGCACGGCGCACACAGACGAGAGGGUAGUGCAUUGGUUGGUCUGUGUCUUUCGUGCGUGUGUCACUACCUCUUUUGUAUGUCCUCUGGCGCAUGUACUUUCUCAAAGAUAUGGCGCUGCCGAUCGUACUCCUGCACACAUGGAUGCAUCCGAGAGAACAAGACACUCAGAUACAUCACAUGGGGAGGUAAUGCGCGGAAUGAAUGCCAUACCUCGGCGAACGCAGACACUCUCAAAGUCAUGGAGUGGAGCUCACGAAGCUUCUUGUCCAUGUAACGCAUCAUAUCGUCACCUGCACAGACACAAAGACAAGGAAAGAGGCAAGCCCCAUGAUCUCUACUUCACGCCCCCAUCCCCUGUGCCGUCCCGCCCCGCCCACCCUCCAUCUGGUGUGUGAGCAUAAUCUGGUGACACACCCCGUUCAGCUCAGCAGCCGUCCGCACCAUCUCCCUCACCACACCCUCCACUCGCCGAUCACCCUCACCCGCCACCGCCCCUCCCUCAUCCCACGCGCCAACACCAACACCAUGGCGCGACUCAAACACAGCAGAAGCAGCAGACCGAUGGGGAGCAGCAGCCGGGAACUUCAUCGCCAAGCUCUGUGCGAGCCUCGCGUGUGCGCCCUGGGCGAUCUCGUAGCACUGUAGGUUGGGGACGCUCUGGGAGUUGGCCGAGACGACCCCAGACGUGCGUGCGAGGUGCAUGUUGAACUCCCGCUCGCCCAUUCUCCGGCCCUGUGGCACCGGCAGGCUGGGCAGCCCCGGCAUGGCCAUGGCCGUCGCGUGCUGUGUGUCGGGGGAGGGGGGCUGGGAAGCCGACUCGCGGUGGGAGGGGGAUGGCCUUUGGUACUGGUAGAAGGAUGGUGCUUCGGUUGCUGCUUCUUCCGGCUGUUCGGCCACGACGGAUGGGAGGGCCUCGUCAUCUCCUCCUCUGAGCAGCCGCCCUGUCACCCCUCCUGCGAUAGGUGAAGCGCUUGAAUGCCUUCUGUUGGAGCCGUAGUAGGAUGCGUGGCCCAUUGUGGCGUGGUCCCCUGAGCUCCGCGAGCGCCGUCCUCCCCUCUCCCUCUCCCUGUCGCUCUCCUCCCUCCGAUCAAGGUGCGAGUCGUUCUCGCCGGUGCUGCCGAAUGGCGAUGCCGCCGUGCUGAUGGUCUGUGCCAGAGACGCCCGCGCCAUCCCUGUUUCUUCUGUCGAUGAAGGGUGCAGCGGGGGUGCAGGGAUGGGGCGCUCUCUGGCCGUGGUCUUUGGGGAAGGAACGAACUCGCUCUCCAGUGAGUCGGCAGGGAGCGGGGGAAGGGGCUGAGAGCCGUCCGUGGUGUCCUUGGGGGCCGGGUACUCGACUGUCUUGGCGCGGCUCAUGGACCGCCUCUCCACCGCCCUUGAGGACAGCUCGGGCUCCUCGUCAGUCCACUUGCGCACACUCCUGGUCCUCCUGUCCUUCCUCUCGGCAUCAGCCGAGCUCCCUCGGUUGGGCGGCAGAGACCACUGCAUGUGAACUGGCGCCACGGCACGGCGGGGAGAGAGCCGCUCGGGAGACGAUACAUGGUCCCCCAGAGGCACGUCUGCGCGCAUGAAGAGGCCGCUGCCGCCAUGGCGGAGAGCCGCUCGCGACCGGCCGGUCUCGUCGACCACAUCGAUGGUGAUGGGGCUCCUUUCCCUCUCUAGGGAGUGGGGAAGUGGCGGGGGGGCUGACGAAGGCGGAAACAGAGGGCCCUCAGGGUCGCCGUGCUCCGUCUUCUGCAACGCGUCAGGGGACACGCGGAUGCCGGCCAUCGACUGGAGCGGCCGGGGGUGGACAGACACGCUCAGCCGCAUCACCGACGGCUGCCUGCGUGCGGCCCUCCUCUCCUUGAUGGUGGGGUCGUCGACAAAGACGAUGUACUGACGCGGCGAGAGGGGCUGGUCCAGCAGGAUGAACCGCGCCACCUCUACCUCCACAUAGCCUAGCCGCCUGCCCGAGCCGUCCACAAUCUGCAGGAAGGCAUAUUUCCUCUCCACCGUAUGUGUCACUUGGCCGCCAGCACCACCACCAGCACCAGAAGCACCGCCCUUCUCCCCCUGGCCGUGGCCGGCUCUGACGACAGGGAAGGACACAUAGGCCACGAACUGCAGCGUGCCUUCACGGUCGCUCCACUCGAUGGCAUGGCCGUCUCCCGCACUCUUGAGAGCCGUCGCCUGCUCGACGAUGCCCUUGCGAUGGAUCACUCUGAGACCGGCUGUGAAGCCUGGGGCGAGAUGGGUGAGAGAGUGGACAAUGAGGGUGAACUCGAAUCUGCGCAUGGCUGGGUGCGCGUGGGUGUGCUUGAAGUUGAAGUGGGGGAAGGGGUGGUAGACCAACGGUAGAGGGGGCGGAUGGGCGGGGAGGGGCGGGUGGGGAUAGUCGUUGGCCAUUGUGUGUCAGUGAACUUGACGAUGAAUGACAGAAAUGCCAAUACUGAGGACAACAAAGAGCAGACGGAGCAGCAGAAUAAACAACAUUUCUUUGCACGUUGUUCGUUGCACGCAGUGCGUGUCAGCCACGCAAUGUCGUCCUCUCUUUCUCCUUCUGCCUCUCUGUGUGAAUGCACUUGUGAAGUUGAAAUUGUCCCUGAAAUGGCUAUUCUGCUGCUUUGCUGACUUUCUUUGCUUCUUUGCCCUUCCUUGUCUACCUGUGCUGCGCCUCGACGGCUUCUGAAUCCGUCCUGAAUCAAUGCCUUGGCCUCUGAAGCGCCCUCAGGCUCAUAUCAGCAAAAUUACAUCAGCAGUGCAGACUUUGCCGUCGAUGGACUCAGCAAUUGAUGGCCGGUUGAAAUGAACUCCGGCG